AUGAGUCUACGAGAAACUACCCACGUUCCACAAACAACUGUUGCAAAAGACGUAAAUCACAAUUCGUUAGAUUUAGCCGAAGAUAGAUUUUCUCAAACGAAUGAUAUAAAUGCGCAUAGAACUACAAAUGUCAGUGAAUUAUCAAAUCAAGUGGCUGAACAUGCUAAUCAAGUAAAUGAACAUGCUAAUGUAGUAACUGAACGUGCUAAUCAAGUAAAUGAACAAGUUCGUCAUGUAGCUGAACAAGUUCGUCAAGUAGCUGAACAAGUUCGUCAAGCACCAAAUGUUCAAGCUCCUGUUUCAAGUAAUUUAGCUCCUUCAGAAGCAGCAUCUACAUCUACCGAAGUAACUGCCGAACCAUUACAUAAUACUACUGUAGAGGGUGCUCCAGAAUUACCAUCAUCAGAAAAAAUUGAACCCCCACCCAAUUUAGAUGAAUUAUUUAGUGAAGAGUCUAUUAGAAAAUUAAGAGAAUCCAUAGAAAAUUCUCCUUGUUAUAAACGUAGAGUGGCUUUAUAUCAGCAGCAACAACAACAACAACAGCAACUUGCUAGUACACAAACAUUGAAUCUUGGUCCAUCGUCAUCAAUGAUAUCUCCCUUAUUUAAGUUACAAUUUUUUGCAUCAUAUGCUAAGGGAGUUAUGCAUUAUAUUCAAAAUCAUUAUGUAGCACUUAUAGUAGUUUUUUUAUUAAUGCUUAAUGCAUAUUUUUUAAUAAAUUAUUUCAAAAACACACCACAAAAAGGGGUAAUAACCAAAAGAAGAAAAUUUUAA